AUGGCAAAUAACAUCGGCAUCCAUUCUAGUCUGGACUCUGGACCUGUAAGCUUCCUUCAAUUCCGCCGAUUUAAUUGUUUUUCCAUGCGACUGAUCGAACAUCGUUUGCCAGUUACAUCUCCGACCAAGCCUAUACGCUCGUACCUGGGAAUGGUAACCAGAGCCAAUCGCUUACCAUCAAUCGGAGUGACAGGUAAAUUACCACUCCGAAAGCCUCUGCAGUCGCCCUCGACGCGGAUGGCGCCUAUGCGUACUCGGGCCAGAGCUUCUCAGUUCUUCUGCCAUCUCAGCUUCAACCUCACCGAGAGCGUGGGCGGAUGCAGCAUGUUCUGCGCCGGCACCCCCGUCACCUUCCACAAGUGA